CAGUGUCUGCAUCACAGCCCCCAGCCGGAACCGCGUCUCCUUGCCGGGUUUGGGCUCUCGCCAAAGGCCCGCUGACCCACAUUCUUAUCUAACGCGGCGGUAGCUAAGCUAACAAGCAAGCCGACUAGCUUUGGCAAAAGUAGGUUGAUGCUCGCUUCUCUGGAGAUUGACGCGUCGCUUAUUAUUAUUUUUAAACUUCUUCGUUUAACCGGGACGAGAAAAUGUAAGAGUUUUUACCUUCUUGACACCGUACGAGAGGUGCCCUGGAAAGGUCCCGUCCAAUGUAACGAUGAAGACUUGACACGAGAUCUGGACCGCCGCAAUAAGCUGCCGGGACGAGGUCAAAGAUUCCGAUGUCGCUGCCAUGUGUCGGGUUCCCACGGCGAGUCGAGGCCAAGACUUUUCGGCAGCUCUUGACGUGCUGAUCCAGGACGCCGCCGGUGGCCACGUCCACCUCGACUCAACCUUCUUCCGCUCUCCUCCUCCUCGUCCUCUCUCCUGACGGGCUCGGCUCUCCUGUCCGUAAGGACCUCCAUCUGACAUGGUAACCCUGAAAAGGAUCAAAAUGACCUCAAGCAUCGAUCAGGAUGACGGUAGCAUCUUUGGUUUAAUGGACGGCGAUGACAAGGACAAAGCGAAACGUGUGUCCCGCAACAAGUCGGAGAAGAAGCGGCGAGAUCACUUCAAUGUCCUCAUCAAGGAGCUGGGCACCAUGUUGCCGGGCAACACCCGCAAGAUGGACAAGUCCACCAUUUUGCAGAAGAGCAUCGACUUCCUGCAGAAACAACAAGAAAUCUCCACCCAGUCCGAGUCGACGGAGAUCAGGCAGGACUGGAAGCCUCCGUUUCUUAGCAACGAGGAAUUUACGCAGCUGAUGUUGGAGGCGUUGGACGGCUUUUUCCUCGCCAUCACGACUGACGGGAACAUCAUCUACGCCUCGGAGAGCGUCACGUCGCUGUUGGAGCACCUCCCUUGCGAUCUUGUGGAUCAGAACCUGUUGAACUUCCUGCCCAGGGGGGAACACUCGGACAUCUACAAGCUGCUAUCCUCGCACGUCUCCGAGGGCGAGACGCUGACGCCCGAAUAUCUGAAGACCAAGAACCAGCUGGAGUUCUGCUGCCACAUGCUCCGAGGGACGAUGGACCCCAAAGAGCCGCCCGUCUACGAAUACGUCAAGUUCAUUGGAAACUUCAAGUCCCUCAACAAUGUGCCUAACUGUGCUCACAAUGGCUUCACGGAGGCCGUCAUUCAGCGAACGCUCCACUCGGCCUUUGAGGAGCAGCGGUGUCUCAUAGCCACUGUGAGGCUCGCCAAAACCCAAUUUAUUAAGGAGAUGUGCACUGUGGAGGAGCCCAAUGAAGAAUUCACCUCCAGACACAGUUUAGAGUGGAAGUUUCUCUUCUUGGACCACAGAGCUUCACCUAUUAUAGGUUACCUGCCGUUCGAGGUCCUGGGCACAUCCGGUUAUGACUACUACCACGUGGACGACCUGGAUACGUUGGCCAAAUGCCACGAGCACCUCAUGCAGUACGGCAAAGGAAAGUCCUGCUACUACCGAUUCCUCACCAAAGGGCAGCAGUGGAUUUGGCUACAGACUCACUACUACAUCACCUACCACCAGUGGAACUCUCGGCCGGAGUUCAUCGUCUGCACUCACACUGUUGUCAGCUACGGCGAGGUGAGAUCGGAACAGCGGAGAGAGUUCGGAUCGAAAGCGUCGCCGCCGGAGAUGACGGCAGACAAGCAGUCGCAGGACUCCGGCCUGGAGUCGCAGCCUAACGCCUCGAGCAUCACGGAGGCGCUGGAGCGCUUUGGCCACAGCGGGACGCCCUCUGCAUCGUCACGCAGCUCGCCCAAAUCCUCGCACACAGCGCUGUCGGAAGUGAAGCUCCAAGGAGACCAGGGCACGCCGGGUCGCCAGUCAGGAUCUAACGCAGGCGUCGCGUCGCAAAGAAGAUCGUCAGUCGGCAGUCAGUCCGUGAGCUCCCAAAGCACAGUACGGACAACAUCUAUGGUUUCGCAACAGCAACAAGUUCAGACCAGUUCCCAAGCGUCGUCGGCGCAGUUCUCCGGCCAGCUGGACCUGGACCCCGUGCAGCACAUGAAGAAGCAGCUGGAGCAGCGCACCCACGCCAUCGAGACCAACAUUCAGCGGCAGCUCGACGAGCUGUGGAGGAUCCAGCAGGAGCUGCAGAAGGUGCAGGAGCAGAGCCUGCAGAUGCUCGUGCAGAAAGGAGCCGUCAAUAUGACCGCGGUGCAGGUGGCCCCCUCGCUCAGCAUGCAGGGGCCGGUGGUCUCCGCGGGCCCUCUGCAGACCACCAUCCAACAACAACAGCAGCAGCAUGCUGUCCAGCCCCAACAGAACAUGGCACAGCCUCCGCUGGCGCCGUCGCUGUACAACACCGUAAUGAUCCCGCAGCACAACGCCGGCAACGUGCUCCAGAUCGCCAGCAGCCUGCCGCCCAACACGGGCGCCCACGCUCCCACUGUGGCCUCCUUCACGCAGGACCGCACUGCCCAAAUUAGGUUUCCGGGCGCCCGCCAGCUGCUCACCAAGCUGGUGACGGGCCAGAUGGCGUGCGGGGCGGUCAUGUUGCCGUCCACCGUGUUCAUGGGUCAAGUGGUGACGGCGUUCGCCCCCCAGCCGGCCCCCACGCAGACCAUCGGCAUUACCCAGCAGCCAACGCAGCAACAGGAGCAGCAGGGUCCGCGGAUGCUUCACGGAAGUCAGCUGAUCCUGCCGGCGGGGGCGUUCCCGUUGCAGCAGACGGCCGCUUUCGCCACAGCCAACCAGCAGAAACAACAGCAGCACCCCCACCGGAUGGACACUUAGACCAAUCGCAUGGUCUCGCAGCCGCAGUAGCUGCUUCAGGCCACCAGGGGGAUGCGGACUGGGAUGAACACUCAAAAGAUCCCCCUUUGCACUGAAGGCCGCAAUGGCGCCUGCGUGUGGCCCGGAGUUUGCGUCACUUUCAUCACUUGACGUCAAGGUUUCUCCAAACUGAUUCACCUCGAUCAAAUCCACACUUCAUUGCCAUAACAUCUGCAUACAAUACUCGGAAAAUGUUCAGGAUAUUUGGUUUUCAGGUGAAAUUUAGAAAUUCUAAAAUGCACUUUGGCCUUUACAGGUGAGCUGUGACAGUGGUGUUUUGUGCCCAUAUUUUCUGUAUUUGCAGGUUAUGUGGAGACCAAAUGUUAUUAAUGUGUUUUUAUACAGUACAGUACUGUGUGUGAGUGCAAUUUUUUAAUGGUGAAAAACAAAAAAAUCUUGCUAUUUGUGGGGGACUGGAACAGAUUCAUGGCAUUUCCAUUCAUUUCAAUGGGGAAAGAUGAUUUGAGAUCUGAGUGCUUUUAGUUACGAGCACGGUCAUGGAAGAAAAUGAACUCAUAAGUCAAGGCACUGCUGCAUUAUUGAACCAGGACAUUUACCGGGAGACACCAGAAGAUUCACAGAAAGGCACUCAUGUGAAGAAAUUGACAUGGAUCAAUACACCUGUUGUGAAUUUUGCCAUUCAUCUCCUUGUUGGCAAAAACCUCUGAAACAUUGAACAGUUGGACAUGUGCAUUCAAAGGUUUAUACAAGGUUCAUCCUGAAAUUUCACCCAAAAGCAAUACUGUAUAUUUCUUUAAUUUAUUACGACAAACCCAAUAAAAAAAACGAAUCCACGGCCCUUUUUCAGGCCCCCAACCCACAGUUUGGGGAACACUGAUUUAUGCAAAAGCUCUCGGAAACACUUUUUUACCCCCUAUGAACUAUUUUUAUAAGAAGAAUGUGCUCUCGUUUUGACUUUUAGCUCUCCUGAGGGUCAUAUAUAUAUAUAUAUAUAUAUAUAUAUAUAUAGUGGGUACGGAAACUAUUCAGACCCCCUUUUCACUCUUUAUAUUGCAGGCAUUUGCUAAAAUCAUUUAAGUUCUCUCAUUAAUGUAUACACAUCACCCCAUAUUGACAGAAGGAAAACCGAAUUGUUGACAUUUUUGCAUAUUUAUUAAAAAAGAAAAACUGAAAUAUCACACGACCAUAAAUAUUCCGACCCUUUGCUGGGUAUUUAGUAGAAGCACCCUUUUGAGCGUAUACAGCCAUUAGUCUUUUUGGGAAGGAUGCAGUUUUUCACACCUAGAUUUGGGGAUCCUCUGCCAUUCCUCCUUGCAGAUCCUCUCCAGUUAUGUCAGGUUGGAUGGUGAACAUUGGUGGGCAGCCAUUUUGAGGUCUUUCCAGAGAUGCUCAAUUGGGUUUAUGUCAGGGCUCUGGUUGGGCCAUUCAAAAACAGUCGCAGAGUUGUUCUGAAGCGACUUCGUCGUUAUUUUCCCUGUGUGCUUAGGGUCAUUGUCUUGUUGGAAGGUGAACCUUUGGCCCCAAAAAAAGUUCUAUCUUCGUCUCAUCAGACCACAGAAUCUUAUUUCUCACCAUCUUGGAGUCCUGUAGGUGUUUUUUUUUUUUUUAGCAAACUCCAUGCGUCUUGCACUGAGGAGAGGCUUCCGUCGGGCCACUCUGCCAUAAAGCCCCGACUGUUGGAGGGCUGCAGUGAUGGUUGACUUUCUAGAACUUUCUCCCAUCUCCUGACUGCAUCUCUGGAGCUCAGCCACAGUGAUCUUUGCGUUCUUCUUUACCUCUCUCACCAAGGCUCUUCUGCCCCAGUUGCUCAGUUUGGCCGGACGGCCGGCUCUAGGAAGGGUUCUGGUCGUCCCAAAUGUCUUCCAUUUCAGGAUUAUGGAGGCCACUGUGCUCUUAGGAACCUUAAGUGCAGCGGACAUUUUUGUUUGUAUCCUUGGCCAGAUCUGUGCCUUGCCACAAUUCUGUCUCGGAGCUCUUCAGGCAGUUCCUUUGACCUCAUGUUUCUCAUUUGCUCUGACAUGCACUGUGAGGUCUUCUAUAGAUAGGGGUGGGGCUUUCCUAAGCAAGUCCAAUCAGUAUAAUCGAACACAGCUGGACUCCAAUGAAGGUGUAGAACCAUAUCAAGGAUGAUCAGAAGACAUGGACAGCACCCGAGUUCAAUAUACGAGUGUCACAGCAAAGGGUCUGAAUACUUAUGGCUGUGUACACCUCACCUGGGAGGCGUCCGGGAGGCAUCUGAAUCAGAUGCCCCAGCCACCUCAUCCGGCUCCUCUCGAUGUGGAGGAGCAGCGACUCUACUCUGAGAUCCCCCUGGAUGACCGAGCUUCUCACCUUAUCUCUAAGGGAGAAACUCAUUUGGGCCGCUUGUAUCCGGGAUCUCGUUCUUUCGCUCGUGACCAUAGGUGAGGCCAGGAACGUAAAUCGAGAGCUUUGCCAUUCAGCUUAGCUGCUCCUUCACCACAACAGACUGAUACAAAAAAUCCACAUCACUGCAGACGCUGCACCGAUCAUGAUGACAAUCCUUCAUAAAAUUUGCUAAAAAGGCUUCUGAUGUUUGGAACCUUUUGGUUUUUCUUGUAAUGUCCUGACAGUAACAAGCCUCAUAUGCCCUACCUGCUUUUGUAUUAUUUUUUUUCUUCUCUUUCUCUCCCCACAGCCAACAUAUGCUACUUCUGGUUAUCUAAACACUGUUACACUCCCGCUUUAACAUUGAUUUUUAUUUUUUUUUUGGUAAUGAUUGUACAGCUUCUCCAUCAUGAUUUUAAAUAAAGAUACCAUGUCACUGAAAAUAGAA